UAAUUUUAAUUAAGAAAUUCUCAAUAUUUCUUGUUGUUAAUUAAUAAAAUUAUGUUUGUUUAUUAAAUCAAUUUUCUUGUAAUAAUGAUGAUUAACUAUUUAACUAAAAUUAUGAAGUUAAAAUUUGCAGUUUUUCACCAACCAAGUCGUCCCAUGACCACUCUAAAACAAAUUUCUAUGCGUCUGAAGUCCAUUAAAAGUAUACAAAAGGUAACAAAAACUAUUAAAUUAGUAUCUGCUGUUAAGUAUGCUAAUGCUGAAUAUGAACUGCAGCUAGUUCACUCUUACGGAGAAAGAAUAACACCAUUUUUCAAAAAGUAUUGUGCUACAGAAAAUUUUGAAUGUUUAGAAAAAGAUAAUAAGUUGAUUGUAGCUAUCACAUCAGACCAUGGUUUGUGUGGAACAUUAAAUACUAAUGUUUCUAAAGCAAUACUUAAUGAACUAGCUGUUGAAUCUACUAAAUGUAUAACUAAAGUAGUAUGUGUUGGAGACAAAUCAAGAGUGUUAUUGCAAAGGUUAUUUUGCGCUGAAAAAAUUGCAGUUGUUACUAAUGAAAUUAGUUGUAAGCCUACAACAUUUUUGGAUGCCUCUAAGGUGGCUAUUCAAUUACUUUCCUUGGAUUACACUUGUGGAAAAAUAGUUUUUAAUAGAUUAAAAUCUAUUGUGGCUUAUCAAAUAGCAGAAAUUCCAUUAAUCAGUUUCAAAACUAUGUUAACAGCACCUAUGUUACAAGCAUAUAACAGUCUUGAUCAAAGUGUUGCAGAAUCCUAUCAAGAUUUUACAGUGGCUGCAUUAAUUUACUAUUCAUUUAAACAUUCUGUUUGUAGUGAACAGUUGUCCAGAAUGACUGCUAUGGAUAAUGCGAGUAAAAAUGCAAAUGAAAUAUAUAAAAAACUUACAUUAAAAUUCAAUCGCACUAGACAAAAUGCCAUAACAAGAGAUUUAAUUGAAAUUACAUCAGGAGCUGGAAUUUCAAAGUCGAUUUAGGUUUGCAAUUGUAUAAUAUUAUAAGUUUUUAUAUUUUUAUAAAUUUAAAAAAUAUUUAUCUACUAUGCAUUCAGAUGUAUAUAAAUCAUAUUUUUCAACAUGUAUAAUUAUAGUUUGCAAAAUUAUUAUUGUUAAAAAAUUGACUUUCAUUUCGUUUUUAAUUUUCUAUGAUGAUAACAAUUUGUUUAUUAUUUCAUAUCUAUAUAUAUAUAUAUUUUGUCUUGAUAUAAAAUUAUUAUGAGUUAUAUUUUUUCAAUUUAAAAAUAAUUUUUUUAAUUUAAAUACAAUUUGAAAUUUUAAAAUUA